CAGGCGAGCGGUAGCAAUCGAAUGCUCCCGAACGGUUUUCCAACUCGGCUGGGGAGUCGGGCUGAGUCGAGGAUUUGAGGAAGCGAGACUUGGCGGAGAGAUCCAGGAAGAUGGGGCUCAAGGGGAACAAGCGCUUCGGCGGCGGCGGCGGCCAGCCGCCGGCCAAGCGCCAGGCGGCCGGGAAGGACGGCCCCUCCGAGGAAACCGACGACGGCAUCGUCGUUGCCCAGAUAUCGAAGAAUAAGAGGGUGGCUGUGAGGAGCUGGAACGGCAAGGUGAUGGUCGACAUGCGCGAGUUCUACGAAAAGGACGGCAAGAGCCUCCCGACCCGCAAAGGUAUAUCGCUCUCAAUGGAUCAGUGGAAAAUACUGAGGGACAACAUCGAAGCUAUAGACGAGGCCAUCAAGGAGAACACUUAAUCGGAGAAGCGGUUAAGGAGAUAUUGCUGGGCAAAGUUUUUGCUCAUUGGCUGCUGAAGUAUGCUAGUAGUAGUGUAGGGCUGUUUUCAGUCACACCUUUACCUGGAAUGUCGCACUUAUGGUCGAACGUAACUACUAUUGUCCUGAAGGUGACCUAAUGGUAGAAUGGUUUAGUUUA